AUCUGUGGACUGGUCUACAAGUUUAUCGGCUUCGCUGGAUCAGGUUGUACCGUAUUUACUCUUUCACGGUGUCAGUAUUUUUAAUUGCAGGAUUUAGUUUCACCACAAAUGCUGUUAAUACGGUAUAUGGUAAAACGUAUUUCAGUCGCUAGUAUCCUUUUCGAUCGGGCGGCGUCAUAUACAUUUAUAUAGUCAAGUUUUCCACUGAUGCUAUUCAUUCAUAAAAUGUCUACGCCAAGUUUUCCCAGCGUUGGUUCAAAUGCGCGGCGCAGGUUCGACAGAAUAGAAGCUUCGGUGGCAAAAUGUAAACACUGUCGCGGGAGUUUCAGGUGUAAACGAGGUUGCAAUAGUGGAAGGAUAAGGCAUUUGGAAUCUCGACAUCUGAAAGGGCGGUAGCAUACAUAAUCAAAUAAUUAGAAAAGUGUUUUCAGACAAGGCGAUGACAACAAGACAAAAGCAACAGAGCAAUGCGUGGAGUAUUUUGAACUGCCAAAAACUCGUUUUAAAAUUAUUGACAACAAAAUAGUCAGUCCCUUUUAAUUUCCGGGGUUUGGCACACCAUUCACUAAUGUAUCUAAUAAACGCCGGGUCUAAAUUCAUUAUUGUAAGGCAUGGCGCCUCCAAGAAGAAAACACGACAUCAAAUUCAAGAUGGCAGUGAUCAAAUUUGGAGAGCGAAAUUCAGGCGAGGCAACAGCCAGGCAUUUUGGAGUAGAUCCAAAACGAGUGAGAGAAUGGCGGAGUCAGAAAGUCGAACUUCAGCGUUUGUCUGAGGUGAAUCAGAAGAGGGCUAGACUUCUAGGUGGUGGGAGGAAAAAAUCAUUGAAAUACAAUAAAAAAGAAUCAACGGUAAAAGUGGAGAAAACGUUAUCUAAGAGCACUCAUGACGAGGAUGAGGAAGAAGAGCUGCGCCCCAAGAGGGAGAUGUCAAAGGACAAUGAAAAUGCCUCUCUGGUAGCCUUGACAGAAGUGGGGGCCCCAGAGCAGUUUGAGUUUCAGUAUGGACUUGAAGGACCAACGUUUCACACUGAUAACGGGGAGGACUCCAAGAGACAUCUGUCCAUUAUCAAAGUGGAACAACUAGACCCUGUUCUCCCGGAACAGACCGACACCAGCUGUGGUUCUGGGUCACCCGAUGGUUCGGGGCCCCCUGGCUCAUCUGGGUCUGGCUCUGGGUCCGGUUUGAGUCCAGCUGCACAGUUCUUCGCCAAGUGCCACCAGGCAGGCUGCACACAGUUUGUCUUCUCAGAGUUCGCUUCACGCCUCAGCAUAAUCACUGAACGGAUCACAUCCCAACAGGCCAGCGAGGAUGAUUUCAACCUCACCCUGAAAGUGCUGGAGGCUUCUGGGAUGCUGCCAGACAUCUUUGCUAAGAGAGACCAAGAAAUGGAGAAGAGACUGAGGGAGCUGCAGAAGGAGACGGAAUCACUGAGAACGGCCCGGUCUGCCAUGAGAGAUGCCUGUAUCAUGAGCUUCUCUUCAGCAUGACAGUCCCCUGCCCAACACCACACCGGGUUCUUUGUAGAUCAUGUCGUUAUUUGUUUCCCUUCGGGACCAAAGAAGGAUUAUAUCAGUCUGGGUACCCAAACUUGCACUGGCCAAACGCUCCGCCCACAAACGUGUUUGUUCUCUGCAAUGAGUCUGGAUUAGGGUACCUCUAUUGAUUUUUAAUACACGCUUUCUAACCGUUUUGAUUGGUCACAGAAAUAAAUUGGUUAUCACAGCCAGAACUUGUGGUUAAAUUAGCAUUUCGAAAAUGAUUUGAUUCUGAUUAGGUUGACAUGAUUUGUACAACAUUUCGACGUCACAAAAAACGUCAGUGGUGACAGUCUCGGACUGAUGUAGUGAACGACAGAGUAGCAGAAUAUUCCGAUUUUGACUCGUCGGGCAAGAAAGGUUUGGGACCUGGAGGUUUUAGUGUGUCUGAUCACCUGUUCAGGAGAACUCACAUGCCUACUUCAGGAGAGUGGAAACGGACUCGUAAAUAUUUCUGUUUUUCAAGGAUUUUGUCAAUCGUUGGAAUCAUAAGUAGACAGAGGAAAAGGGUGGAUGCAUGUGGAGACGGAGGUCAAGGGCGGAGACUGGUAUUAAACUUCGUUCCCCCUUGUGGUGCCGCAUGUGUUCAAGGAUCUGGGACUUUUACCACUAGAAUAUGGAUCCACACACAGAUCCUACAUUUAACCAAAUGUAAAUCAAUGAAACUGUGUAUAUUUGCCAUAUUUUUCUACCUCUUGUUAAAACUUUUUAAGUCUGUUAUGAAGCAGUUUAUUGCAGCAUGCCCACUGAGUUGGGAUAUGUAAAUAACUAGUAGAUCAUCUCUGAAGGUCAGAGGUUGUAACAGAUGUAAUGGUUAGGUCAGUCUUUUAGGAUGACUUCAGAAAAUAUUCAGACCACUUUCUCAACAUUAAUUUGUAACUGAUGUCAUUUUUUCUAAUAAUCUUACACACAUCAGACCCAUAACGACAA